GCACCAGACAAAUGCCCACCCAAGCCAGUACCAUUCCUGCAGUGCUGAUCCCAGGCCCCUUUUCCCCAAGAUUCCCCAGCCCAUGCUCCUGCUCAGUGUUGCCCCAUAGUCUCAGCUGCUCUGACGUUUGCUCCUCAGCUAGUUAAGGGAUGUGCUCCAGCUGGGGCAUGAUAUGCAGUUGCAGCUGCAUCCAUGGAGCUGAGUUCUGUGAUGGCCUAGGGGGACAGCAAUGCUUCUGCUGCUGCGUGCAAUGGCACAGCAUCUCUCAAAGCACCCCUUGCACUACACACACCAGCAGCACAGCAUCUAUGGCAGCAGCUUGAGGGAGCCGUGGGCCCUGAAGCCUGCAUGUCCCUGCCCCAUCCCUGCCCACCCUGCUCGGACCCAUCCCUUGCUGUUGCUUCUCUUUCACUCUCCCCAGGCUUCCAGAGACAGCGUGAACUGAGGAACCCCAAGGGCCGGAGCAAACGGUCCCAUGGACCUCUGAAGGCCCCGCUGGGGGAUUGCAUAGAGCUGAGCCAGGCACACACAACCACCCUGCAGCCUGCCCCACACAGCCUGGUGCCUGCAGCAUGGAUAUGUCCCCACUCACGUCCCACCAUGGCUCUGCAGCAUCGCUCCCCACUCCAUGCAUGCUGGGAGGUGAUGCCGAUGAUCCCCAGGCAGAAUGGGGUGGGCUCUGGGAAGCAGUGAUGGGAUGCACAGGCUCAGCAGGCUCUCCCAGGUGCCCACAUUGGGGAGCACAGAGAGCAGGGUUGGGGAGCACCUCCCACAUCCCCUGGCCUGGCUGUUUGCGGGUCACCGGUGACCUGGAAAGGGAGCGCUGCAGGGGAUGCGCCAGCCAUGGGCUGGGAGCCCAGCACUGCUCUGGGAGUCUCCCUCGAAACGAAUUGUUCAUGUUCAGUGCUCCCACAGCCCUGGAAACGCGCUGCCAUGGGCUGGUGCCCCCCAGCAGAUUUAAAUACCGACUGGCAGUCGCAGUGCCACAGCAGCCCCAGCAGCACGAUGCCCAGCACCUGUGCCCUCGUGCUGCUGCUCCUGGCCCUGUGCACCGAGCUGCCGCCUGCCCCAGCCCAGCAGCACCGUGGGGAUCGCGGCAAUGGCCCCGCUGCCAGCCCCCCACCACACCGGGCACAGAGGGGCCAGCGGCCGCCGGCCGCCCUCCCUGCCCCCAGCAAAGCAGGCGUGUGCCCAGCAGUGGGGAGCAGCCCCACACGCCCCACCAGGAGAUACUGCCUGUCUGACCACAGCUGCCCCGGCGCUGAGAAGUGCUGCCUUCUCCGGGAUGUGCGCGUCUGCCUGCUCCCUACUGCAGGUAUGGGGAGCUGUGGAGCUGCUGGUGCUGACAGGGAAUGGGUGCCACGGGACGAGCCGUGCUCCCCAGCACACAGCACUUCUUCCCUCACAGAGAGCCUGGGCAGCCCUGUGGGGGUGAGCUGCGGGGUGAGCUGCUGCAAUGAGACUGCCUGUGGCCAUGGGGAGAGGUGCUGCGCCCGCUGCCUGCGAGUUGAGCCAGCCAAAUCCGGCCUUUGCCCACGGAAGCGAGCCCGGCGUGAUGCUGCCUGCCCCAACCUGUGCACGGAUGACAGGGACUGCCCCGGGGACCAGAAGUGCUGUUUCUCAGGCUGUGGGCUGACCUGCACCACCCCGUACACAGCAAAGUCCGGCGCGUGCCCUGUGGUGCUGCGGGGCUCCCUGGGCCCCUGCCUGGAUCGGUGUGACAGCGAUGCUGACUGUCCCGGGGCCAAGAAGUGCUGCACCACUGGCUGCGGCCACGUCUGCAAACUGCCCACCGAGGUGCGCCCGGGGCUCUGUCCUCCCACCACCACCAGGGCUGGUGAGUGCCUCAUCCUAUGCCUGGAGGACAAGGACUGUCCACCCAGCCAGAAGUGCUGCAUGCAGGACUGCGGCCGCACAUGCGUUCCCCCACUGCAGGGCACAGCCUAGCCCUGCUAUGGGGGUGGCACUGGGACCUGCCAUUUUAGGGCCAUUCCACUCCACCGCCAUCGCAGCACCCACUGCCCCGCUGCUCCCAUCCCUCUGGCAGCACUUCUGGCUGGGGGGACAAGCAAUGUUUGACCCACUCUGGCUGAAGUCUCUGCCACCCCCACCUCCCACAGCUGUGCUCCAGGGACAAAGGCAAACCCCUACAUCCACCCUUCUGCACGAGCCAGCCUGUGCAUGGCACGGACACCCCCAGUCUGCCUGGAAAUGUGGACCCAGAAUAAACCAGCAUGUGGC